AUGGCUGGGAAGAAAGAAAAGGACAAUACGAAGUCUGCCUCUAAGAAGGGCAAUGAGCAUCUGGUAGGAGAAGAACGUCUACAAGCCGUUGUGCUGACGGACUCUUUCGAGACUCGAUUCAUGCCACUGACCGCGGUUAAGCCAAGAUGCCUGCUACCACUGGCAAAUACACCGCUGAUAGAGUAUACACUAGAAUUUCUAGCCAAGGCUGGUGUAAACGAGGUGUAUUUGGUGUGUGCAUCGCAUGCUGAUCAAAUCAAUGAGUACAUCGAAAAGUCGAAGUGGAAUCUACCGUGGGCCCCCUUCAAGCUGCAAACCAUUAUGUCUCUCGAAUCGAGAUCCGUAGGCGAUGCGAUGCGUGAUAUAGACAACCGGGGUCUCAUAACCGGUGAUUUCAUCUUGGUCAGCGGUGACUUGGUAACCAACAUGCAAUUCGACAAAGCUUUAGAGUUCCACAGAAAAAAGCGCGCCUCCGACAAAGAUCAUAUCGUAACCAUGUGUUUGAGUGAGGGUAGCCAAUUCUACAGAACGCGUUCUCACGACCCAGCUGCUUUCAUUUUGGAUAAGAAAACUAACCGAUGCCUCUACUACCACCAAUUGCCUCCGGCCAGCUCUCGCAAGAAAGGCGCCAUCGACAUCGACCCUGAGCUUUUGGAAGAUGUGGAUGACUUCGUCUUGAGAAACGAUUUGAUUGAUUGCCAUGUUGACAUCUGCUCUGCGCUUGUGCCAGCAAUUUUCCAGGAAAAUUUCGAUUACCAGUUUCUAAGAAGCGACUUCGUGAAGGGGGUGUUGACAAGCGAUCUUUUGAAGAAAAGCAUCUACGCAUAUAUCAUGGAAAGCUAUGCUGCACGUGUUGAGAGCUGGCAAACUUACGACGCCAUUUCACAGGACUUCAUCGCCAGAUGGUGCUAUCCCCUGGUGCUAAAUGCCAAUUUCCUUGAAGAUCAGACUUAUUCUUAUGAGUCGCGGCAUGUGUACAAGGAAAAAAACGUCGUUUUGGCUCAAUCGUGCAAGAUUGGCAAACACACGGCAAUCGGGUCAGGCACCAAAAUCGGCGAGGGCACAUCUGUUGAAAAUUCUGUCAUUGGGAGGAACUGCCAUAUUGGCGAUAACGUGGUCAUCCAAAACAGUUAUAUCUGGGAUGAUACAACAGUUCUUGACAGCACUAUAAUAGAACACAGCAUCCUUGCAUCAAACGUUAAAAUCGGCAGAAAUGUCAGUUUAAGCGAUGGGUGCGUGAUUGGAUUCAAUGUUAUUAUUGGAGACAACAUGGUUAUCCCGCAAGGCUGCAAGAUCUCUGAAACGCCUGUCAUGAAAAGCGAGGUGCAAUUUUUGGACAAUGAAUCCUACGAUGAGGACGAUUCUACCAUAUCAAGCGAUCGUGCUACGAACUUUAAACUUGAGCCUGCUAGCGAUCUGCUAGGCGAGACGGGUGUGGGAUACAUUUACGAAAGCGAUGGUUCGAAUGGAGACGAGGACGCUAGCGAUGAAACCAGGAUAAACAAUACUCUCGCUUAUAGGAUUGACGAAUUGUACUUAAGUGACGACUCCAUUUCGUCUAGUACCGGUGAGCGCAAGAAAAAGAGAACGAUGUCGACUACGAGCGUGUACACGGACAUGGAAGGCGAGGAUGAGGAGGAUGAGGAAGAUUUCGAGGUAGAAGCGAUGGCUACAGUGGAGAGGGCAAUGGAAAACAGCCACGAUCUGGACACGGCUCUGCUAGAGCUGAACACCUUGAGAAUGAGUAUGAACGUGACCUAUCACGAGGUCAGAGCUGCCACGGUGUUUGCCCUUCUCAAGCGAGUUUACCAUUUCAUCGCAACGCAAACUCUGGGUGCGAAGGAAGCCAUCUCCAAGAUCUUCGGCAAGUGGGGAUUGCUGUUCAACCGACAAGCCUUUGAGAAAGACGAGUACAUCGAUCUCAUGAACAUUCUGCUGGAAAAGGUGUUGGUGAUACAGUUCGAGAAGCCAGAAUUCGUGCUUUUCCGCGCGUUGAACUGUCUCUACGAUCAGGAUGUCUUAGAUGAAGAAAUCAUCUACACCUGGUGGGCCCAGGUAUCCGACGACGCCAAAUACGACCAAGUGAAAACGCUGACCGCCAAAUGGAUCGAGUGGCUACAAACCGCUGAAGAGGAAUCCUCGGAAGAGGAAGAAUCCGGCGAAGAAGAGUCUGAAGACGAUUAA